AUGGAAUUGAAUGUUGGUGUUAAAGAAGAGUAUAACGAUAAGCGCAUUAUAAACAAAAACAAAGAGGAAGCUAUGGAAAAGGGACUAUGUUUCAGAUGUCAAAGGUCAGGUCAUGUAGCGAAAAACUGUACUCAGCCGGUAAAGAUUCAAAGAAAUUCAGUAUAUCAAGAAUCCGAAAUAAAAGAAGAUGAAUUUCUGUUUACAGAAAGAUCAGCCAGCAAAUAUCGAAAAGAAAAAAAUAAAUUAAAGGAAGUUAAAGCUUUUCUGUCUUAUCGCAAGUUCUUCCUCCUUUAUCCUCAUUUGAUAUUUAAAUUUGUCGAUGGAAUAAGAAUACCAAAGGCACUUGUCGAUGGAGGGGCAGAGAUUAGUUGUAUCCAUCCAAAGUUUAUCGAUUGGUCGAGAGUAAUUUUGCAAGAUGUAGUAAACUUGCUGAAGGAAAUAAAAAAUUGUUUAGUACUUUCAAAAGAAGACGUUUUAGAGACAUCGAAUGCAAUAGGUUUAAACAUUAAUGCCGAAACGGAAAUUAGAUCUGAUAAACUCGAAAAAGAUGAAAACGAUCACAACGUAGGCGAAGAUUGCGAACCUCAAGAAAUUGCUGAAAAACUUUUCAAUGACUAUAUUCCAAGAUAUGGAGCAAUGAAAUCCAUAUUAUCAGACUUAGUAACUAACUUAAUUUCUCAGAUCAUGGAACACUUUUGUAAAUGUUUUAACGUUAAGCACAUCAAAGUAAGCGCAUAUCCGCAGCAAAUAAAUGCACAAGCAGAAAUUUUGAACAAGCACAUCCUGCAAGCAAUAAGAUUGUAUUGCUCAGAUCAACACCAAUGA